AUGGAGGCUCGUGGGCCAGGGCAAGCGACGCCGUUUGUGCGCGAGGAGACGCCGGCGGCACCCGGCAACGGGAUUCCGGGGACUGACGCCGGCGGUGCCGGCGGCCCGGGCGGCGAAGAUUGCGGCGACCCAGGUGGGGACGGCGGUAGCGAUGGUGAUCCCGACUCCGAGAACCUCGAGGAGUUGAAGUAUGAUCCAGCCGACGACCGCUACCCCCGCGGGCUAGAAGGGAAGAAACUCCUCUGGGGCGCCUCCAACGCUGGGCCGCAGCGCCAUGGGCUUGAGAGUGGCCGCACGCGGAAGCAGACCCGGGAGAUGCAAGGUGCAGGGGAGAUGCCGGGGCCCGGAGAAACACCGGACCCGGAAGAGGCACUGCUGGCGACCAUCCUGGAAACUGGCGUGACGGGGAUUGUUGAGGACUACAUCUGCAACUCGCUUGUGAAGGAGCAGUGGGACGAGGAGCAGACACGCCAUAUGGAGGAGAUGUACAGGCGUGAGGUGCAGGAGGUGUUGGGCCCGGAAAAGCAGGCGUUCGGGGCCGAGGUCGACUCCAGCGGGUUUUCGCAACCACUCCCAGACCCACAGCUAACAUACAUUGAGAGUAUGCCGAAGCGGUUUGAUGUGAACACGACCGCUUUCACCCCUGCUGCCACCGAUGCCGACCUAGGGCCGAAGAGAGAUGACGAGCCCGCGGUGGAUAAGCCUGUGAGGGAGGCGAUCGGAUGCCUGAUGUGGACGAAGCUGACGAGGCCAGACAUCGCCCUGCCUCUGAACAAGCUCCAGAAGAUCGCCCGCUCACCCACGGGGAGGAUAUGGAACGCGCUUGUGCGAAUCAUAUCCUACCUGAACUUCACGAAGGACUUCGGCAUCACCAACUUACGGGGGUCAGGACUAUACCUAAGCAUGUUUGUCGAUGCCAGCUACGCUGACAACGAAUUAGACAGGCGUUCUACGACCGGGCUAGCUGGCGUGAAGGAGGCGUUGUUUGUGCGUGGUAUUCUGUCGUUCAUAGUGCCCGAGACAAGUGGGGCGAAGAUCAAGGUCCUUGAGGACAACGAGGGGGCUCUCGCCUUAAUCGAGAUUCCGUUCAGCUCAGCGAGGAGCAAGCACAUCGACGUGCGGUUCCAUUUCCUUCGCGAGCUAUUCAACUCGGGCAAGAUCACUGCAGAGAAGCGUUGUGCCGGCGCGUCACCCGCGGCUGGAGCCUAG